AUGCCACGUAAGCAUUAUGCUUACGUGGUUGCUGAAGCCAAGCUACUCAGUCACGUGCCUGAGAAAGCUUUUUCCUGGCGACCCAACGGCCACGCAGCAAAGAUAGCGCCAAUUGUGGAGUUAAGUCGGAUUGUUAUUCCUGUCUUCUACAACGGAUAUCCGUUUGACAUAGUUCGUGUGGAGAGGACGAUGGAUAGCAUGUUGUACAAGAAUCCGGCAAAGUGGAAUCUCGCUCUGCAUCUAGUGUCGUGGGGAUUGCAGAAUAUGAUGGAAACGUUUCCUGACGAACUAAUGAUAAUAGGGGAUGUGGUGUAUCCAUCUUGCGGUGACGACGAUGGAUCGAAAGAUUUGAAGCGAGCCACUCGCCAAAUGAUAGAGUUUACGAGAUUACUAAUAGACAGUCCAAAGCUUCAGGCGAGUGUAGUGGUAAUGGUAUAUGACAUUAUGAGGCGCCUAUUAAGACUGGAUAACAAUGAACGUUUGGGGAGUCAUGAUUUGGAUUCUAUUAAGGGGACAUUGGAGAUGUUUAGUGAGCCGCUACAAGAAGGAUUAAAGGAUCGCGAAGCAGCUCAAUUACUGUUUUCUGGUAUCAAGGAUAAUGAUCACAAGGAGAAUGGUCAUAUGGAGGAGGAGGAUGAUCAUAUGGAGGAGGAUGAAUCCAUGGAUUUCCAAAAAUUCCCAGCUACCUACAAUUCCCUCCAAGCCAUCAAAGAGGAUGAAGCAGUUAUCGAAUUCCCAGUUGCGAGGCUGGACCAGUUUGAGCGGCCGCCAAGGUUAGUCAGGGGAGUCCAGAAAGUGAAAGAGAGAUUAUUACCACCACCACCAGUGAAAGACAAGAAGAAGAAAAAAGGACGUAAGCUCGUCAACGAAUUGUCUGUGGUAUAUCGACCGUGCUAG